AAGAAGUAAUCCUUUGGUUUAUCAUUGCUACAAAGACAAAAAAUACCAGUAUUUCUCUUCUCACAGUGCUCUUUAUUUAUAAAUAAUUUUCAAUGGGUGAUACAAAAGACGAUAAAGAUCACACGCAAGAAAUUACUGGAAGUAUAACAGCCUUUUAUAUUGGUGAAACACAACCACGUGGUGAGCUACCGCAACGUUUACGUGAAAGAUUAUAUGAACGUAAAAUUGUAAUUAGUAAAGAAAGCUUAAUUGAAAGAGAAAAAGCUCGUGAACAACGUUUACAAGAUAUACGUGAAAAAAAGCUGCAAAAGCUACGUGAACAUCAUGAAAAAGUGAAACGUUUAGCUGAAGAAAAGAGAUUACGUAAAUUAAAAGAAAAAGAACAAGAACAAGGACAAGGACAAGAAGAAGAAGGAGAACAGGUUAAAGAAAAUAUUCAACAAGAUGAAAUAAUGAUCAAUAAUGAAAAAUGUUUAUCUAGAAAUUCAAACUACUUAAAUGAUUAUUAUUACUGCUCUGAGGAUAUGAAUGAAUUAAAAACAAAGUCAAAUUUAAGGUAUUACAGUUACACAAGUCAAGAGAAUGUAAAACGUCAAUAUGGUUGAGAUAGGAAAGAAAAUGUGAAUGUGGGGAUUUAGAAUUUGACCAUUUAUUUAUUGAUUUAUUAUUAUUAUUAUGAUUUGUUUAUAUUUGAUUUAGUUUAAACUUAAUUCUUUCAUCAUUUUUCAAUAUAUUACUUAUAUACUUUUUUAUUCUUUAUUUCAAUUUUUCAUGUUAACUUUCAUUUUAUCCUUCA